GCGGAAGUCAACGUCAUUCGAAGGCGGGUUCAUGCGUGUUGCACGAUCUACACAUUUUGUUUCCUUAAUCUGUUUUGCUCCAGUUUUCUAUUGCAAAUUUCCAACUUUUAGAUUUGAUAUAUUUUGAAAAGAAUUAUAUUUAAUUGUUUAAAAGAGGAACGCGACUUAUUAAGAUGGGGUAUAUGGUCGUAGAGAAACACACAUCUGAUCUUCUGCAUCUGAAGAGGUCUCCUGGGAUCAGAUCCUGGUCCCUCCUUGUUGGAAUUGCUUCAGUUGGACUAGCGGCAGCCUAUUACAGCGCUGACAGCAUAUUAUGGAAGAUGUUCUAUGUGACAGGCUGCUUUUUUGUGGCUCUACAGAAUAUGGAGGAAUGGGAGGAGGCGGUAUUUGAUAAAUCUAAGAACGAGGUAGAAUUAAAGACGUUUAGUCUCUAUACCAUGAUAUUGACUAUGUGGAAAAGAGGACACGAGAGAGUGGUGUUAGAUCUGCGACACCUGCGGGACGUGAGCGUUCAGGAGGAGAGGGUGAGGUAUUUGGGGAAGGGUUACCUGUUGGUGCUGCGUCUAGCGACAGGUUUCUCUCACCCUCUUACACAAAGUGCCACGCUGGGCUCACGCAGUGAUGUUGAGGCACUUGCUGCACUUCUGAAGCGCUUCUUGGGUCUUGAAGAGUUACAGCGACGUUUGGUGGAAGAAGAGUAUCCUGAUGAUGACGACAUUGAAGAUCUGGGAUUGGGCGAUAGCAGUGAUUCAAAAGAUGAAGAUGAACAUUAAAAAAUCUCAGGGAUAGAUGGAAAAUGGUCUUUAUAUGAAACAACCAAACAUUCCAGUCUUACAAACAUCCUGAUGACAAUCUCAAAGCAUUAUCUCUUAUUGUUGCAUUGCAUAUUCACUUGCAUCUUUAAAGAGGCAUUACCAGAUGACAUUCAGUACUCUUGCAAGAUUUCUCUGUGUACUUUGCUACGUGUGUAAAUAAUUUGACAGUUUGUGAAUCCCUUUCUUUGGUCGGAGAUCAGGUGGUCAUGUGCUCUGAUGCAUGCCCAUUUAGAUCACACUGUGCCUUUAUAGACUGCUUGAAUGGUAAACCCUUAGGAGGUUUGUGAUUUUAAUUUUUUUUUUGUAAAUAUGUAAAUAUUAUUUUGGAUUCUUUUUUACUUUAUGAGACUCUUAAGCAAGAAAAAUUAUAUUAAACAUAGCAGCUGCUUAAAAAUCAAUUGUCUUCAAAGGGGAUUUUUUUUUUUUUAUUGAUAUGGCCACUUUGUAUUAAUUAAGGAGUAUACUUUGUUACACUUUUCACUUUUGUUUAAAAUAAAAGUAUUUGAUAACAUUG